UUAAGAUCUGUCAUUGUGAAAAAGCCUAGCGCCGGUUCCUUUUCCUUCCUUUUUUCUUUCUUAAGUAACACUUUCACAGGCUAGUGCUCUUUUUGCAUAUCAGUAACAGCAUCAAAAACUAGCUUUUUUUUUCCUUUCUCCUGUCCGCAUUUUCCCAGACAGAACGCCCUGCCUGUUCCAGUGGAGCUCGCCUGUGUCGCUUUCUGUGGUCCAAUUAUAUCUCUCAGGACCUAUGCUCGCCACUGUAUUGACUAUUUCCAACUCCAGCCUGCAGAAGCUGUUGUUUGCAGCCAUAAAAGUAGCACUGGUUGUCCUGGUCAUCUGGCUGGCAGCUUUCAGCAUGGACCUCACCAAGCGGCCCCACAGAACCACGCACACGCUGAGGGUCCUGCUGUGGCACUACCCCUUUGGGAAACGCUUCAACCUGAGCUGGGACGUCUGUUUGGACCUCUACAACAUCAGACACUGUGCCCUGACCGACGACCGCUCCCUCUUCAACCAGUCCCACGUGGUUGUAUUCCACCACCGGGAGAUCCAGAGCAGGGUCUCAGCCCUGCCCUGGGAGCGUAGACCCUCGGGGCAGAUGUGGGUCUGGAUGUCCCUGGAGUCUCCGAGCGGCAACAAAAGAGUGAAGGAGCUCAACGGCCUAUUCAACUGGACCCUGAGCUACAGGAGGGAUGCAGAUAUCUCCGUGCCAUAUGGGGAGCUGGUGUCCGGCAGUGGGGCUCCCCAACCCAGACCCAAGACCGGAUUAGCCACCUGGGUGGUCAGCAACAAGAAGACGACGCAGCUGAGGAGCCUGGUGUACGCCAGCCUGCGCAACCACCUAAGAGUGGAUGUCUUCGGGAAAUCUAACCACCGGCCGCUGUGCCCGGACUGCCUCCUUCCCACCAUCUCCAACUACAGCUUCUACCUAGCCUUUGAGAACUCUGUGCACCAGGACUACAUUACAGAGAAGCUCUGGAGGAACUCCUUAAUGGCCGGGGCAGUGCCGGUGGUGCUCGGCCCCCCCAGGUCUAACUACGAGGAGUUCCUGCCCCCGGAUUCGUUCAUCCACGUGGAUGACUUCCACUCCACCAGAGAGCUGGCUGAUUACCUCAAGGAGGUGGCGGGCAAUGAGAGUCGAUAUCAGCGCUAUUUCGAAUGGAGGAAGAUGGCCACCGUGAAGCUGUAUGCAGAUUGGAGGGAGCGGCUUUGCACCAUCUGCGCCAAGUAUGAGCGGCUCCCCAAAACUAAAGUUUAUCACGAUCUGGAGGCUUGGCUUCACAGCUCAGUCUUCUAUAUGUGGCUGAUGAUGAUACACAAAACCACACGGUGCCAGGGCAGAUGCAACUCAACAUGGUGGUAAAAUGCCUCCUCCGCUUGUUUCAACUGCAUUUCCAACAGCGCUGAUGCAGAAGAACGCUGUUUACUGUGUAGCAAUGAUGUUGGUCUGGAAGCGUGGCUUCGACAGCUUGCACGAAAAAAAAAAUGCUCACCUGUCUUUUUUGGGCAACAUCAUUAAAAACGAUGUUUCGUCUCGGUGACUUUAUCAGAUUCUCAGAAGAGGGUGCUGUUAAGUUUCAGUUUUGAAAUGGCUAUAAGUGUUGGACACACCCCAUCUUCACCGGGUUUCAAGCGAAACCCUUUAUUGUGGUCCACGCCGCUUACCUGGUGUUUAAGCGGAUCAGACUUUUAGUCAGCAGUGGUUUAGGAACCUGCAAUCAUUAACAUCCAACCACUUCUCAUAAAUGUUUCAGUAGAUGUUUAAAAAUACCCAACCAUCAGAGAUGUGUUAAUACUUCUUCAAUUAAAAUGUGCAGCAUGCAAAGAGAUACCUUUAAAUAAUCUAAGA